AUGGGUGAUACUGAUCUUGGUACUUCUCGGACUUUGAUAAGUAAGUUAGAUAUUGGAGAUCCAUUAUAUCUUCACCCUAGUGACUCUAGUGCUUUGACUAUUGUUAGUGUUAAGUUGAAAGAAGCCAAGAAUAAGUUUGGUUUUAUUGAUGGUAAAUGUGAAAGAUCAACUGAUGAUCAUGUUCUUGCUAGUCAGUGGGAUAGAUGUAACUUUGUAGUGUUAACUUGGCUUUUAAAUUCUGUGUCUGAGGAGUUAUUUUUGGGUCAAGUGUUUUCUAAGUAUGCUUCAGAGAUUUGGGAGGAUUUAAAGGAAACCUAUGAUAAGAUAGAUGGUUCUGUGGUUUAUGACUUGUAUAAAAAGAUAAACUGUAUUUCUCAAAAUGGUUCUACUGUGGCUGAUUAUUAUAAUAGGCUAACUACUAUGUGGAAACAGUUUGAUGCCAUGCUUAAACUGCCCACAUGUUCUUGUAAAGCAGCUAAAGAUUAUAAUGAUUUUUCAAUGUUAAUCAAACUAAUGCAAUUUCUCAUGGGAUUAGAUGAUGUUUAUCAACCAGUAAGAACUAGUUUGUUAACCAGAGAAGUAUUUCCAUCUGUCAAGGUUGCCUUUUCUGUGGUUUCUAGGGAGGAAUCACAUAGAUUGUCUAGCAGUGGGUCAAAGAGUCAAAGUGUAUCAUUUGUGUCUAAAUCAAAUCAGACUUUUGAUUCUAAAAGAAGAGUGUCUAAUCAAAGAGGACCUAAUCCAAACCUAAAAUGUACACACUGUAACAUGAUUGAUCAUACUGUUGAUAGAUGCUUUGAGGUUGUUGGUUAUCCUCCAGGUUUUAAGAAAAGAUCUAACACUAUGUCUGGUAAAAAUACUUUCACUAAUAAGUCUAAUGCUACUGUUGGAUCAUCUGCUAGUAUAAGUAUGUCUACUUCUGGUAUGCCUUUUACAUCUGAGCAGAUAGCUAAGUUGUUGAGUCUUGUUGGUGAAAAGAAUGUGGCGGACACUCAAAACACUAAUAUGGGAGGUGAGAAUGUUAAUGUUAGUAGUUUUGUCAGUUGUUCUAGUUCUGUGAUGUUUGGUAGUCAGUUUAAUUAG